CUUUUUUUGGUUGGAUUUAAUUUUUAUCAGGUCUGUUUAAUGUUUAACAGUGGAAACUAAGCAGAAGAUGAUGUAGUAGUAUAAGUUACAGAGUGUGGAACAGCAUGGCCAACUGAAUGCUGCAGGGCUUUUGAUUUUAUUAAUCUGAAAAGAAGAUGAAGUAUCUCCUGUGCCUGUGUUUACUCCUUGUUGUUCUUUGUGCCGUAACCCUUUGCCGCCAUGAAGACAUUUGCCAUGAAACUGAUAAUACUAAUCUGCAUGAUGGAACAGAAAAUUUAUUGACACAUAACUGUGAAAAAGAAGGCUCUAACUAUGCAGAUUUUGUAUUUAGAUUUUACAAACAGGUUAUAUCAAAAGAAACUGGUAAAAAUGUCUUCUUUUCUCCUAUGAGCAUCUCCACUGCCUUUGCCAUGCUGGCUGUUGGUGCUAAGUCAACCACCCUGUCUGAGAUUUUUGAAGGACUGGGCUUUGAUGGUCUGACUGAGACUCGCACACAUGACAUACAUGAAAGUUUUCAUAAAGUUUCAGCAGUACUGAACUGUACUGAUGUUAACAUCACAUUAAAUAUAGGGAAUGCCCUUUUUACAGCUAUUGGGAAUGAACCACAGGAGACAUUUUUACAAAAUACCAAAAAAUUUUAUGAGGCAGAAUUUUUUUCUAGCAAUUUCCAUGAACCAGAAGAAGCUAAGAAGCAAAUCAAUAAAUAUGUAGAGGAGAAAACCAAGGGGAAAAUUCCAGAAUUAAUUGGUCACCUUGAUCCAAGUACUGUGUUGGUUCUUGUUAACUACAUUUAUUUUAAAGCUACCUGGGAAAAUUCUUUUGAUCCUUUGCGUACAUAUGAGGAUGACUUUUUUGUGAACACAAAUGCAUCUGUUAGAGUAAACAUGAUGCAGCGUGACUCUAACUAUGACAGUUACUACGACCAGGAUCUGUCUUGCGAGGUGGUAGAGCUGCCUUACCAGGGCACUGCACGAGCAUUGCUCAUUCUGCCUGAUGAUGGGAAGAUGAAGCAAGUGGAAGAUGCUCUCUCCAAGGAAACUGUUUGUAAAUGGGAUAGCAAACUUACAAGCAGGAGAUUAAAUCUGCAAUUACCAAAGAUUUCUAUUAGUGGGUCUUACGAUGUUAGAAAACUGUUCAAGGAAAUGGGCAUUACUGAACUGUUCUCUGGUAAUGCUGAUCUGUCUGGAAUUAGUGGCAGCCAUGAUCUUCGAGUUUCACAAGCAGUUCACAAGGCCCUGCUGGAAGUUGAUGAGGCCGGAACUGAGGCUGCAGGAGCCACAGCCAUUAUUCUUACCAGAGUUUUCCGUCCUUUUGUUACCCUCAAAUUCAACAGGCCCUUCAUUUUAUUGAUUACUGAAAAAAUAACUGGCACCACACUUUUCAUGGGGAAGAUUGUUGAUCCUACUCAGAAGUAAUUGCUGAGUUACUGGACAUUCUGGUUUUCAGCAUGAGUUACAUUUGCUGCAGUAUUUUCACCUGUGAGUUAGUUUGUGCUAUCAACUACUCUCUGAUUGAGGGAUAUUCAGAAGUAAAUGAGGAAUUUCCUCAUCAAACCAAUAAGAAAAAAAAAUGGAGUGUGAGGAAUGACUGAUUCUGGCAAAAGUAUCAAAAAAUCCCAAGCAACUGAUAAUUUUAAAAUGUAGUAUUUUUCCCAGUUGAGUAAUUCAAGUUAUUAACACAUUUUCUGAAUCUUCCUUGGAAGACAAUUUUUUGUAAAGUCUGUUGUAAUUUUUAAAAGUUUAUUGUCUCUGCUAAGCAGUUUUGUCCGGAUUGCUUUCAGUUCUGGAUUACUCACCAAAGGCUUUAUCCCAACAGGUAACAAUUUUAUUAUAUCUUCUCCAGAACUUUCUGAUGAUGAGUGCUCACCUGAGCCAGUCCCUGUAGAGUCCUUUCUUCCUUACAUAGUUCUUUGCUUCCUAGAUAGUUGUUGUCUACCCUCAACCAACCUGUUUUCAUUCACAUGUUCCAACCCUUUGUCUAGAACAUCUUUAAAAAAAUUGACAGAAAAGAGAAAAUCCUUGAGACAAUAGACUUAUUCUGCUGCAGCACUCACUGUAAGUCUCUUUUUGUAGCUCACAGGAUCAGAAAAACCUGUGAGACACAGUGACAUAAGGAGCAAACUGUCAAAGAAUUGUCCUGCUACAAUGUCAUGUAUGAACCAUUGCUAUGGCUGAUUAAUAAAAUAAGCAUUGUCAUUUAAA